AUGAAAUCGGCUCCAUCGUCGUCUUUACUCUUUCUGGUGCCACGUGGCUGCUAUUCUUGUUCCUGUGUCAAGUUUGUUAUAAUGGCCAAGGGCAACAACAACAAGAAAAAGUCUCAGCAACCUCCAUCUCCUACUCCAAUGGGCUCGGAGCCAAGUCCUCCCAGGAUUACAUCAAAUGUCAGGCAGAAUUUACAGCUUUUGAAGUUAUGGAAGGAGUACCAAAAGAGAGAGUCUAGCACACCUAAGCACUCGACCAGUUACCGCAGAAAGAAGGUGCCCAAGGAACAGCUUCCAGAAGACUUAGACCUCUAUCGUGAUCCAACCACCACCCUCUACUAUACAAACCAGGGUUGGGACAUUGCAGUUCCGGUCUUGCUUGUUGAUGGGUAUAACGUAUGCGGUUAUUGGGCGAAGCUGAAGAAACAUUUUAUCAAUGGGAGACUUGAUAUGGCUCGCCAAAAGUUAAUCGAUGAACUUGUAACUUUCAGCUUGCUAAGAGAGGUGAAAGUGGUGGCUGUAUUUGAUGCCAUGAUGUCUGGACUCCCCACACACAAGGAAGAUUUUAAUGGUGUCGAUGUAGUUUACUCAGGUGAAUCUUGUGCUGAUGCGUGGAUUGAGAAAGAGGUUGCAGCCUUAAGGGAGGAUGGAUGCCCUAAAGUUUGGGUUGUGACUUCUGAUCAUAUUCAGCAGCAUGCAGCACAUGGAGCAGGAGCCUUCAUUUGGAGUUGCAAGGCGUUGGUUUCUGAGAUUAAAGCAUCACAAAAGGAGUUUGAGAGGAUGCUUCAGGAACACAGAACCUUCCGUCACUUUCACUUGCAUUUGCUCUCUGCCAUGGCACCCCAAACCUUGGCCAGCCUUGCGGAACAAUGUCAUGUGUUCCAAGACAAAGUUUCUGACGAUAUCGUUGGCAUUGAAACCCAACUCUCCAAGCUUAGCGCUGACCACAAAGAAGAGUUGGUACAGGCUCACAAACUGUGUGCGACGAUGGACUUUGCCAUCACCAAACUCCAAGACUCCGUUCAGUUGCUUAUCAAUCACUUUCGGGCUGGACAUGCUGAACCUUCUUCUACCUCAGCUGUGCUCUUGAGUUCGUGUACGCCAUCACCAAGAAGUGGCCUUUUGCCAAAUCCACCGGUGGAUAAAAAAUUCAAGGCCGUGCCAUAA